AUACGCUUCUCUCUCCUCUUAUUGUUGGCGAAGAUAUAUCCAAUGGUGUGGUCCGUGUGGAUCAUCAAAAGUCUAAAGCUCCUUAACCAACGUCCCAGAAUGGUAGUGUCAUUUCUUCCCUUUAGUAGGCUCUGUACAGUUUCAACCUUCUUUUUAUACUCAGAUUCUUAUUCUUUGCUGUGAUCUAUUUUGGUAAGGUUUUGCGUAGAGAUUCUGUAUUGUACUUGAAGAUUUGCUUUUUCCCUUUCCUUCAUUAUUUAUAUCAAAAACCCAUCUCUUUCUCUCUUCCUAAGCUGUACGAACCCUCGGAAUAGUAAUUUCUUUCUAAUAAAACACUGGGGUUUGCAGUUGAGUGCGUACCGAAAUGGUGAGACAGAAAAUUCAGAUCAAGAAAAUUGAUAACCUGACAGCAAGGCAAGUGACCUUUUCCAAGAGAAGGAAAGGACUAUUAAAGAAGGCUCAAGAGCUCUCAACCCUUUGUGAUGCUGAAAUUGCCCUCAUAAUCUUCUCUGCUACUGGAAAGCUCUUCGAUUAUUCCAGCUCAAGCGUGAGGAAACUAAUUGAAAGGUAUAAUCAGCAUUCGGAGAGCUGUGGCAUUUUAUGCCAACCAUCCGAGAGGGGAAAUGGUGACCAUGCCAUGCUCAAUAAGGAACUUGUCGAUAAGACUCUCGAGUUAAGGCAACUUAAGGGUGAAGAUCUUCAAGGACUUUGCUUGGAUGAUUUGAUGAAACUUGAGAAAAUGGUCGAGGGAGGACUAAGCCGUGUAGUUAAAACAAAGAGUGAAAGAUUAAUCAAAGAUAUCAGCACACUCAAGAAAAAGGAAUCAGAAUUAAGGGAAGAAAAUGCAUGGUUGAAGCAGCAAGUAGCAGAUAAAUCAGAAGGCAGAAGAAAUGGUAUAAUCGAGCGAGGCAGUUCAUCUGAUCAAUCAGUCCUUUGUCAUCGGGACAAAAGCAGCUCCGAUACUUCCCUCAAGUUGGGCUUACCUUUCUCCAGCUGAAACUGAGAGAGGAGAUAGCACUUUGGAAUAAACUUAUUUAAUUUCAUAAUAAUUUGUGUAUAAUUACAUCUAAGAGUUUUUCA